AUGGAUCCACGCACGCAGUCGGAAGAUAAUACUGCCUCCAACCUCGUGGAUACAAGCCUCCUUGGGGCCGUAGUACCUGACGCACCGGCUCAGUUACCCAGUUACGAAGUCGUGCUGAAGGGAAAUUACGCGUCCAUUGCCCCAAUCAGCCCCAGCCAUGCAGAGGACCUGUAUGAGCUUCUGCAGGGUCCUGAGAAUGAAUCUCUUUUCGAUUACCUUUUCGACGAUCCAUACCAAUCAGUUGAGGAUCUUCGCACUAUGCUUGCCCGCAAGGCGGCAACGACAAAUCCCUGGACAUAUGCGAUCCUUCUGAACAGCCCAUCUUCCCGGCCCAAGGCCGUUGGGAUGGCUUCAUUAAUGAGGAUGGAUCUGCCGAAUCGUGUGAUUGAGGUCGGGAGCAUUCUCUACACUCGUCCGCUCCAGCGUACUCCAGCAGCUACAGAAGCUAUGUAUCUACUGGCUCGAUAUGUCUUCGAGACGCUCGGUUUUAGGAGGAAGCACAUGAUCGCGAAGGGUCGAAAUCGCGACACAGCUUGGUACUCGAUGUUGGACGAAGAAUGGCCUAUGGUGAAGAACGCGCUGGAGCAGUGGUUAAACUCGGAGAAUUUUGAUUCCGAUGGGAUACAAAAGAAGCCCUUGGGAGAGUUCAUGACAGACUGGCAAAAGUAA